UCCCACAGCCGAGAGCCAAGAAGAUUACCCGCGCGAGGAAGGUGAGAGAGAGAAGGCAGGAGAGGGAAAAGAAGAAGCUACUUCUGACUAGUAGAAGUAGGCGACUUUGUGUCUGAAACAUUAGGGAAAAAGAAUACCGCACUGGCUGCUGAAUCAUAGACUAACAUGUCAGCAUAUGAAUGAAACUAGAACUAUGAAAGCGCGUGGGCAUUUGAGCUUUAUCUUUCAUAGAGAGACCAAUAGGUGACUGACUGAUUGUAUAGGAUUACAAUAGUCGCACCCAGACUAUUAUAGUUCUUAGGCAGAAAAGGGGGACCGUCCGAAAGUCAUGGAGUAUAGAGUAGAAAUAAAAAUUAGCUAGCGUCAAAAGAUUAAAGAAGACUGCAAAAAAGAAAUUGCCCGGAGCAUCUGGAACCUGUUAAAUAAUGGAUUUUAGCUCUAUUCGCAAAUUGAUCACCAGAUGGUGUGCUGGAGAGGAGAACUGGGUGGACACCAGGACGGUGUACAUCGGAAACAAGGAGCCCCCACCGGGAGCAGAGGCCUACAUUCCCCAGAGGUACCCCGACAACCGCAUCAUCUCCUCCAAGUACACCUUCUGGAAUUUUUUUCCGAAGAAUUUGUUUGAGCAGUUUAGAAGAAUUGCCAAUUUCUACUUCCUCAUCAUAUUUCUUGUCCAGUUGAUAAUUGACACUCCCACCAGUCCCAUCACCAGCGGACUACCUCUCUUCUUUGUCAUCACUGUCACGGCCAUCAAACAGGGCUAUGAGGACUGGCUCAGGCACAAAGCAGACAAUGCUAUUAACCAGUGUCCUGUGCACGAGGUGCAGCAUGGGAAGGUGAUCAGGAAACAGAGUCGUAAGCUGAGGGUGGGUGAUGUGGUGCUGAUCAAGGAAGAUGAGACGUUCCCCUGUGACCUCAUCCUUCUCUCCACCAGUAGGGAGGACGGGACCUGUUUUGUCACCACAGCCAGUCUGGACGGGGAGUCCAGUCACAAGACCUACUAUGCUGUGCAGGACACUAAGGCCUUCAUCACAGAGGAGGAUUUCGAUACCCUACAGGCUUCUAUUGAAUGUGAACAACCACAACCAGACCUCUACAAAUUCGUGGGCCGAAUCAAUAUUUAUUCGGACAGAAACGAGCCCAUCGCGAGGCCUUUAGGAUCUGAGAACCUACUUCUCAGAGGGGCGACACUGAAAAACACACAGCACAUAUAUGCUGUUGCCAUCUACACUGGUAUGGAGACCAAGAUGGCGCUCAACUACCAGUCCAAGUCCCAGAAACGCUCUGCAGUGGAGAAGUCAAUGAAUGCGUAUCUGAUAGUGUACCUGUGCAUCCUGAUCAGCAAGGCUCUGAUCAACACAGUGCUGAAGUAUGUGUGGCAGGCUGACCCGGACAAAGACGAGCCCUUCUACAACCAGAAGACUGACACAGAGAGGCAACGCCAUAUAUUGAUCCGGGCGUUCACAGACUUCCUGGCCUUCAUGGUGUUGUUUAAUUACAUCAUCCCCGUGUCCAUGUACGUUACCGUGGAGAUGCAGAAGUUCCUGGGGUCCUACUUCAUCAUGUGGGAUGAUGAGAUGUUUGACGAGGAACUGGGAGAGAGGGCUCAGGUUAACACAUCUGACCUCAAUGAAGAACUGGGACAGGUGGAGUAUGUGUUUACAGACAAGACAGGCACCCUGACAGAGAACAACAUGGAGUUUAUAGAGUGCUGUGUGGACGGCUAUGUUUACGUCCCUGAUGCCAUCUGUAAUGGACAGGUCAUGCCAGGGUCAACCAGCAUGGACAUGAUCGACUCCUCACCUGGACCAGGGGGCAAGGAGUCUGAGGAGUUGUUCUUCCGGGCGUUGUGUCUGUGCCACACGGUACAGGUGAAGGAGGAGGAGACAGUGGAUGGCAUCAAGAUGGGUAUCCACCAGAACAAGGCCACCUCCUUCUACAUAUCAUCCUCUCCUGACGAGGUGGCACUGGUGGAGGGCAUGAAGAGGCUUGGCUUCACCUAUCUGCGGCUGAAGGACAGUCACAUGGAGAUUCUUAAUAGGGAGGAUGAGGUCGAGAGGUUUGAGCUGCUGGAGGUAUUGACCUUUGACUCUGUGAGAAGGAGAAUGAGCGUUAUCGUCAGGUCCACCACAGGGGAGUACUACCUGUUCUGUAAAGGGGCCGACUCCUCCAUCUUCCCCAGGGUGAUCUCUGGCAAGGUGGAGCAGGUCAAAGCCAGAGUGGAGCACAACGCUGUGGAGGGCCUACGGACACUGUGCGUGGCGUACAGAAAGUUGAGCGUGGCUCAGUAUGAGGAGACGUGUCACCUGCUGAACAGCGCCAAGCUGGCCCUGCAGGACCGAGACAGGAAGCUGGCCGAGGCCUAUGACCUCAUUGAGAAGGACUUCGUACUGCUGGGGGCCACCGCCGUGGAGGACAGGCUCCAGGACAAGGCAGCAGACACCAUCGAGUCUCUCCAGAAGGCUGGGAUGAAGGUUUGGGUGCUGACCGGAGACAAGAUGGAGACGGCGGCGGCUACUUGUUACGCUAGCAAGCUGUUCCGCCGCUCCACACAGAUACUGGAGCUGACCACCAAACGCACCGAGGAACAGAGUCUACAUGACGUUCUGUUUGACCUGAGUAAAACUGUACUCAGACAGCAUGGUAGCAUGACCAGAGACACCUUCUCAGGUCUGUCUGCUGACUGUGUGGACUACGGUCUGAUCAUCGACGGGGCCACGCUGUCUGCGGUGUUGAAGCCCAGUCAGGAGGACUCCAGUCAGGGGAACUACAAGGAGAUCUUCCUGGAGAUCUGUAGGAACUGCAGCGCUGUGCUCUGCUGUCGCAUGGCGCCCCUCCAGAAAGCACAGAUUGUGAAGCUGAUCAAAUCGUCUCCAGAACACCCCAUCACGCUAGCCAUUGGAGAUGGGGCUAAUGAUGUUAGCAUGAUCCUGGAGGCUCACGUGGGGAUCGGCAUCAUGGGUAAAGAGGGUCGCCAGGCAGCGCGGAACAGUGACUAUGCCAUCCCGAAGUUCAAACACCUGAAGAAGAUGCUGCUGGUUCACGGACACUACUACUACAUCCGCAUCUCAGAGCUUGUCCAGUACUUCUUCUACAAAAAUGUCGCCUUCAUCUUCCCUCAGUUCCUCUACCAGUUCUUCUGUGGCUUCUCCCAACAGCCGCUGUAUGACACAGCCUAUCUGACACUGUACAAUAUCAGCUUUACCUCUCUACCCAUCCUGCUCUUCAGCCUCAUCGAGCAGCACAUCAACAUGGACAUCCUCAAGAAAGACCCCUCCCUCUACAGGGACAUAGCUAAGAACUCUCUCCUGCGUUGGCCCAUUUUCAUCUACUGGACCUUCCUGGGGGUGUUCGACGCCGUCGUCUUCUUCUUUGGUUCUUACUUCCUGUUCAACAACAGCACCUUCACCAGCAACGGACAGCUAAUGACAACCAACACACAGAUGAUGUUCGGUAACUGGACGUUCGGGACUCUGGUCUUCACUGUGCUGGUGUUCACAGUCACCUUAAAGCUCGCCCUGGACACACACUACUGGACGUGGAUCAACCACUUUGUCAUCUGGGGCUCGCUGCUUUUCUUCGUCAUCUUCUCUCUGCUUUGGGGAGGCAUCAUUUGGCCCUUCCUGAACUACCAGAGAAUGUACUAUGUGUUUAUUCAGAUGUUGUCCAGCGGUCCGGCCUGGCUCAGCAUCAUCCUGCUCAUCGUCAUCAGUUUGCUGCCUGACGUGGUCAAGAAGGUCAUCUGCAGGGCCCUGUGGCCCACCACCACAGAACGCAUCCAGAAUGCAGACAAGCUGUAUAACGGCCAGCUAUCGGAGUUCACCCCGCUGGCAUCUCUCCACGCGCCCACGCGCAGGAGGGCCGACCACCAGAACCCCAUUCCCAGAAGGUCUGAACCCUUCACCAAAAAACUAAUGUUCACCCACUGGAGGGGCGGGCCCGACUACUGCACUUUCACCCCACUCCUCCGAUUCGCCGGCAACUCCCGUCACUCUGGGGCUGGCUAUGCCAACAAUGGGGCAGGGCCUGAGACCUCGGUGUAGUCUAGAAUGGAGUUUAGUCUGAUUUAGACUGGAAGUCUAGACCAAGAUUUCAGUGUUGAGCAAUUGACCACUGGAACAAUCUGUCCUCUAGACAAUAGAUACUUAAUCUAGACGCGCACAGUUACCAAUGUCAUUGUGAAAAAGCAAACAAACACCAAAUACACACAGAAGGACGAUCCACAUGAUCCACAGUCCUACUGCUGUGUUGUGUUAGCACAAGGAGCUGAGUGAACUGAACAGACUUGGCUCCAGGCAAGCAGUGCCUGUGGAUUGGUGGAAAGGGCCUUGGCUCCACCCAUUAAUGUCUACUGUGGGUCCGAACCCUCAGACCCACCCUGCAGUGUGUGUGUGUGUGUGUGUGUGUGUGUGUGUGUGUGUGUGUGUGUGUGUCACUCCCCCGUAUCUGUCUGUCAACUGUCUGUCAGUGAUGUGGUCAUUUAAAGUGUUUGUCAUGAAGGAUGUCACUCCCCCUUAUCUCCCUGCCGACUGUCAACUCUCUGUCAGUGAUGAUGUCAUUUAAAGUGUUUGUCAUGAAGGAUGUCACUCCCCCGUAUCUCCCUGCCGACUGUCAACUGUCUGUCAGUGAUGGUGUCAUUUGAAGUGUCAUAAAGCAGGGAUGCCCAGUAUGAAUGGAAGAUGUUCAGAGGUAUUGCAUGUGCUUUAACUGACCACACUUUCCUGUUUUUCUUUUGUCUUGUCUUUUCCUCUCUUCCUCUCUCUUUCUGUCCUGCUCUAUAGAACAAACUGGUGUUGCCUCUGUGCAUAUCUCUUAUCCAGGAACACCCCAUAAGACACUAGUCUUUUCCAGUUCAGUUGUAAGUGGCUAGGCCGUGAUAGUGGUUUAUCUCUACUGGACUAGAGACAGUUCUGUGUGUGUAGCAUCCCGUGUCAUAGACUGUCCUUGUGUCUACUGUGGAGUGAUGUGAUUAUACCUCCAUUCCCCCUUGUAACCGUCCCAUUUCCUGACAUGGAAGCUGAGGCAUCCUGCCUCACGUAGUGCUAAGGACCCACAGUGGGAAACCAGUAUGCAUGGGAAUCCUUUUCCGCCUUAACAUCUACACAGUGUUUCCUUUGAAAUACACAGUAGUCUGGAACCAAAGGCUCAGAAAAUACUUUUUCAAUGGCUUGCCUUGCUGGUUAUUGCCUUACACUGAGACUGGGUGGGACAGAGGAAGGUGGACAGUAUUAGAUAGGAGAGAGAACCUACUUUGUUUCUGGGCUUUAACGUUGUCCAUGUAGAUAUCUAACAUCUCUCACACUCAGAUCUGAAGCCUUUAAAGAGCAGUGGAUCUCUGUUACAGAAAUACAACAUGUAGAAUGUAGACAUUAUGCUCAGCUGCUUUGCUCUGUCCUUUGGCAUAAAUAAUAUAGAACAUACCCAUAGAAGUCUCACACGAUGCGUGAGAGCCUCAUGAAGGUGUUAUAAGUGUGUUAUAAUUCUAUCACAAGAGUCUGUCAGGGGUCUUAACAUCUCAUCUGUCAAUGUGUGCUCUCUCCCUCCCUCAGAUCCUCUCUGAUGCUUUUAUGUUUCAUUUUCUUUCUUCAUGUGUUUUUUUUACCUCUACCAUUUCUCCACUUGUUCCUUUUGAAGUGAUGCUCGUGUGGAUCUGUCCUCUCGAGCCUCACUACAUCUCCUCCUCCUCACUGCCGCCUCCUCUCAUCCUCCACUCCUCCUCUCAUCCAUUCAUCCAUUCACUCCUUCAUCCGGUCAUGCAUCCCUCCAUCCGUCUCCUAAGAACACAGUCUGUGUGGUGGGUGUAAGGAGAGAGAGAACGAGAAAGGGAGAUGGAGGGGGGACUGUACCAAAACCAAGGUUUUUCUAGACACAUUUAGAUUUCUUGUGGUCCUGUGGUGCAUUGUGGGAUCUGUUCAAACCAAGAGGAACAAAAGUAUAUUGAUGUCCCAUAUAUAGAAAGGGAUGUUGUAAUACACAGUGUGUGUGUGUGUGUGUGUGUGUGUGUGUGUGUGUGCAGAUAUCUGUUUCAUUGAAAGCAGCAAUGAUAUUUAAGAUGGCCGUCUGUUAUUAGGUGGUAUUAUGAAUCUUCACUGAAAUGUAAAGACACUAAACAUUAUACCACAGUCAGAACUAUAACACUGGACAUUACACCAGAGUCAGAACUAUAACACUGGACAUUACACCACAGUCAGAACUAUAACACUGGACAUUACACCACAGUCAGAACUAUAACACUGGACAUU